AUGUCGCUGGGUCACCACGCAACAUGGCUGCCACCAAAUCACCUGCGCCCACCCGACGAUGAUCACCAUCCCCCAGCCCAUUUCCUCCAUAGCCAAUUCAAGGGCCCAUCGCGACCAAGCACUCCCCGGAUGAGGUUGCGCAGUUUGGGAGAUGGGUCGCAAUCCGGUACAGCUGCGGAGGGUGACACUAGUGUGGACGAUGACCCUCAAACCGCCAAAUUCAGAGAACUGUACAAUGCCUGUGAAGACAAGAUUGCCCAUCUCUUCAGUGAGGAAUAUCAGGCUGCAUUGGCAGAAAAACAGGCAGAACAAGACCUCGAGGCGCAAAACACCCAGGUUGCGACACAGGGGCAAACCCAAGCUUCGGCCACUGUAUCGAAGAAGCGCAAAUUGGAUGAUGACGAUUACGACGACUUUGACGACGAUGACGAAGAUGAUAGCACCGAGAUCAAUGCAUCUCCGCUUAAGGGUAAAAGCCAUAAGGUACAGAUCGUCGCCGAUGCAACCCAAUCGCCCAUGCCAAGGCCAGUUGUGCAAUCGAGGCUCUCGUCGGACAUACUCAGGACAACGGUGAAGACUGUCCCACCGAAGUCGCAGAAGGAAGAGGCAGAGGCUGCUCGCAGGAAGCUAGAGGAGGCGAAGCGGGCAGAGGUCGAAAGCGUCCAGCGCGCAUCGCGGAUGAUGUUCUUCACCCUCGAAAAUGAUAGGGAUGCUAUGCUCGACCAGCAACGACUUGACGAGGCCGAGAGACGAGCGGAAGCCGAAGCCGAUGGUAGCAGUAGGACACAUCCUGCCGACCAACAGGGCAGCCUUGCCAGUGCCAACCUUGGUGCAUCCAAUCUCACGCUGAAAAACUUGAUCGCACGCAUCGACCAGCAUCGCUCAAAGGUGCAUGCCACAGAAUCUGAGCUGCGAGCUUUGAUGACCGAGGUCCGAAAGAAUCGAAGCAAGUGGGCAAGUACAGAGAGGGUAGGACAAGAAGAGCUUUACGAGGCAGCCGAGAAAGUACUCAAUGAGUUGAAAGCCAUGACAGAGCAUUCCGGGCCAUUCCUGAACAAGGUGGCCAAGCGAGAAGCGCCUGACUACCAUAUCAAGGUUCCCAAUCCAAUGGAUUUGGGCACCAUGACCAAAAAGCUCAAGCAGUUGGCUUAUGGCUCCAAGGCCGACUUCAUCAAAGAUCUGGCUCUAAUAUGGCAGAAUUGUCUUGACUACAACGAAAGAGCAGAUCAUCCUGUUCGCAAGCAUGCGCUGUUCAUGAGAAAGGAAACGGACAAAUUAGUCCCCUUGAUCCCAGAUAUCACCAUUCGCGACCGGGAGGAGGUGGAGGCCGAAGAGAGACGCCAACAGUUGGCAAAUGGUGAGAUCGAUGACGGGGCCGAAGAAAGUGACGACGAGCCUAUCAUGUCAUCACGAGGACGUAAGGCACCGGGCAAAUCGGCCAAGAAAGGUGCACCAGCGCCUCGAAAGACAGCACCAACUGUUGACAGCGCGCCGACUGCAGACACCAAACCGCCACUGCAGGCGUUCGGAUCAUAUGCAAGCGGCAGUAUUGCUGCAGACUCGGAAAACAACGAAGGCCGUUUGACUCCUCCACCACCUGGCUCGUUGACGCCGUCGGGUCCGCAUGGCCUUAGUAGCGGGAUACCUGGAAGUACCGCAGAUCCGCUGGAGCUCGAAGGUCUUAUCGGUGGCUCUCUCCCUCCACCAGCCGUCAUCGAGCAAGAAGAUGAAGAGUACAGAUUGUGGAAGCAGAAAACCAAGAAAGACCGCGCACUGAUGGCAGCGGAGAGACAUCGACUUUUCCGCGGCGAUCGAUUGAAUGCCGAUGAGAAUGCUUUGCUUCGAAGCAAAUCUAGGAUGCGAAGGUGGCUCAAGAUCCAGAAACAAGCGAUAGCCGAUCACACUCCCAAUGCAGAGAAGGCCAAUACCGAAGAGCCGAAGCAGUCCACGAAUGGACAGACCCUUGCGGAAGGCAUGGAGGGCGAGGACGAUAGUAUGCUUCCUGACUACUAUGAUUCUCUGGCUGGUGUUCCCGACCUUGAUCGUCACUUAGCAUGGGAAGAGGACUCCGAGGGGCAGGUUAUCGACCAGACCGAAGCUUUCUUACGACUGUACCCCAAGAACCGAUUCGUCUCGAGCGGAAGCAAGCUUGCUCAGAAGCUACAAUCCAACAUGCGUCAACUACAGGAAACAAGAAAGGUGUGCACCAAGAUCGGCGUUGUCAAGCAGAUGCAAUUGCAGUCACAAAUGUACCAAAAUCAAUUCCAAAAGUACCAACCCGAACCAUUCGUCGAACGCGACAUCGAAGACCAUGUCAUGUCGGAUUCUGGACCUCUCGUGGCACCUUAUGUUGCUAAAGCUGCACUGCAACGUUCGGUUGGGGAGUUGUUCUAUCAUGCUGGUUUUGAGGAGUUUCAGCCAUCAGCCCUGGACGCUGUCACCGACAUGGCCGCUGAAUACUUCCAACGCCUUGCCACCACACUUGUAAAUUAUCAGGAAGCACCGAAAAUUGCCGUCACCACUACCGUCGCCAACUCAGCCGGCCAACCAGAAACCACAGUCACUUGGAAACCCGCGUGUACACCAGAAGAAUCCAUCCUUCACACCCUACACGAAUCUGGACUUUCCCUAUCAGAACUAGAAACCUAUUGUCGCGACGACGUUGAUCGCCUCACCUCCAAGCUCACCACCAUGCACGAUCGGAUGCGAAAGCACCUUGCCGAUCUCCUUCGACCUGCCCUGAAUGAUGGAUCCGCCGACGGAUCCUCGAACUUCAACGACGGAAGCGAACAGUUCGUUGGAGGCGACUUCGCGGAGGACAUCGACGAAGACUUCUUCGGCUUUAAAGAGUUAGGGCUGGACAGAGAGUUGGGCUUAGCCAGCUUAAGCGUGCCACUGCAUCUGCUACAAAACAGGUUGAGCACGGUGGGGAGAUUGGCGGAUCCUAACGCAACCACGACAACCGAACAUCUCUUUCCUCCACCCCCUCCCUACCCCCGCGUCAUGCUCUCCCCCAUCCAAUCCCAGCCAACGCUCAUCCGUGAAUUCUUCCUCCGUAAACUCCACGCCAAUAACGACGAGCCUCUCGCCGAAGACCUCGAGUUACCGCCCAAACAACGCCCGAAUCAUGGACGGCCGCGUCUGCCUGCCACCGGGAAGAUUGGGGAAGGCAAGACGGCGAAUCCCAGCCCCGCUAAGAAGAAAGACGGUGUUGGGAAGGGAAUGUCGAAGGGUUUGGGCAGUGUGAAGAAAAAGAGCGGACCGGCGACCGAGCUGAAUGGUAUCAACACCUCCGCGGCUAGUGCCGGUGUGGGAGCUGGGAUGGAAGGUGAAUCUCCCAAAGUCAACGGUGUGCUCAAUGAUAAGAAAUCGCUAUCUUCGGCUUCCAUGGGGAAGACCGGCGUGGGAAAGCUCAAGCUCAACGUUCCGAGCGCUACCGGAUUGGAAAGUCCGAACAAGAAAGACGGCUCUAGUGCCGGUGGAGUCAACGGUCUGACGCACAGGGGUGGUAGUGCCGCUCUGACAGAUGGCGAUCCCAUCAUGAUGAGCCCGGAUAGCCUUUGA